UUUACCGCGUCUUGACAGCCACAUAUCGUUACAUCAUCCAUCUAAUAUUUUUAAUCUGAUAUAUAAACAAAUAUUUCAGAUUUCAGAACAAUAAAUAAUACGAGGGAUUUGAUUUUACCGACGGCUGUAAAAAAUGCAAUUCGUGAAGCAGUGUAUCUGAAUCAGUGAACGAGCGUGUGGUAAGUGGGUCGAACGCUGAUCAAAAAUUAAGUAGCGAGCAAUUCUUUUUAUGUCGUUGAAGGAUCGUGAUGGUGAGAUAGAAAUAAUAGGAUUAAUGUCAUUAUUAAAACACGACAAACGUGUGAAACUAAAAGAGUUCGCGAUAUUAAACGUCAGUUCUGCAGUGGCCUAACCUAUAACUUGUGACUCCAAAAACUGAUGAGUGCUUUAAAGUUUUGGGAGCGAUAGUGUCAAGUUUUGUGGAAAAAGUCCAUCGUUCAAGUCAGGAAUGUUUUUCUGCAAUCUGCCAACUUUUAUCUGCUUGUUUGUCCUCUAAGUUAUGACUCCAAUUAUCAAAGAAGAUUAGAUUUUCAAAAUAGAGUGACUCCUGGGCAAAGAGUUCAGCCAGUUCAGCAUUCAAAGAACUUGGAAACUUGGAAAUUUCCAUAUUGUAAUUAAAACGAUAUGACAAGUAAUGGAACAUCAUCUGGCUUAAGCGCGAAAAAUAUAGAAGAAGGAAACUCCAUUAGAAUUAAUACAAAAAUGAAGAGAACAAGGAAACCUAAAUGCAAGCUCAAUUCAAAUGACUGCCUUAAUCUAAAAGAUAUUUUACUGUCAUUUAAUGGACCAAUUAGCCAGGAACAAGCUUGGGCUUUAUGCUACCAAGCUACCAAAUCAUUUCUUAAUCUUUCGCAGAAUCAAUUCUGCGAACUCUCAGAUCUCAGCCACAUUUUGUUGCAUAAGGAUGGACACGUUUGCAUGGACUUCGAAAAAGGCUCACACAAUUCUCCCGUUUCAGAAAAACAACUUGUCUUUUCCUUGGGCAUGGUAAUUUUCAAAGCAUUGGAUUUUGGAUUAGAUGAAGAGGAAGAAAGGCCUCUUUCUCCUGAUUUAGAAAGGCUUAUAACACUCAUGACAAGCAAUAAUCAAGAAGAAUGUCGACCUGACGCCGAAGAGCGGCUACAGGAAACGGAUGACGAAGGAAUAGAGAGAGACUCGGUUGAAAGUGAACUCGACGAUAUGCUAGUUCAGAAUUCAAAUGCAUCUUAUCCAGUUAACAUCAGAUUGUGUUCUCUACAAAAUGUACUUCGUAUCUGUGCAAGGCAUAUGGGCAAUAACGAACAAGCAGACGCACAUUAUCAAGCUGUAAUUCGAGCUUUUGUGGCAGAAGCUCUGGAACUUUCACAUUUUCUAGAAAAAGUGGCCUACAAUAAACAGAGGACAACUUUUCGGGAUUCGGAUUCAUCCAAAUAUUGCGAUACUGUUUGCGAAUUGGAUGCACUUGAUUUUACUGAUUGGGCAAGAUUUUGGGUUCAAGUGAUUGGCGAACUAAGGCGAGGUGUGAAGUUAAAAAAGGUAGAAGAUGAUUUAGGACGUCGAAAUUCCGUUCGUGGAAUGGGCCGAGGAGCAGAAUUUGAACUCACGCCCUAUGAGAUUCUAAUGGAUGACAUCCGCGCGCGGCGCUAUCAUCUUAGAAAAACACCGGCGCCUACAGCUCACCUCAAGAAGGAUGCCCGUACAGUUAUUCUCGAUUUUAUUCGGAGUAGACCGCCUUUGAAAAAAGCCUCUGAGCGAAAAUUAGCUCCACUCAAAAAGGAAUCUACUUUACGAGAAUUGCUAAUGGAAAGCAUAAAGAAACCUCCUAAACCUCUAAGGUCUACUAGAGCUGGCGAUUCUUCUAUUCUUCAGAUGAAGGUCGAGAGAAUUGGAGGAGAAUCCAGGAGGAUUGUUCUAGGAGAAGUUCCACCAGCUCGUGCUGAACAGGAACAGGAACCUGCUCAGGAUGUUGCUGCCCAGUGGCUUCAACAAGAAGAUCCUCAGGACAAAAAUCGGGACCCCGGUUCAGCAGGAAAUUUAUCAAAACCAAAAGUUCCGGUUCCCCAGCCGCGAUCUCGUAUUAGCAAACCCGAGGAAGCCAAGUUUCGAGGGAUUCGGAAUCAUCAUGCACAAGAUGAAUCUGUGAUGGAAACAUCGCCCAAAUCCUUUAUCCGAGGUUCAGAGGGUAUAAACUCAACCUCAAGACAGCCGAGGAAAUUAAUUCCAGUCGACUUCGAUUUGAAGCUUGACGGCGAAGAGGAUGACGACGACGACGAUGAUGAUGAUGAUUUCGAGGUCUCCAAGUUCGAUGAUGAGGACGAUCCUACGACUUAUUGGCAUUCGAAAGAACACUAUGCUUUUGGCAAAGGGAAGCUCACGACGGAUCUUUGUGAAGACUGUCACGAAGACGAUGACGAAAAGGACUCGGCCAAUCCUUGGGGAAAAACAGGUGGACUUCGACUCACCAAAAAUGAGUAUCACCGAUUCUGCGAUGCCCAACUUGAAUCUUACGAUUUGGCAACACAGUGUCCUUCGAGAAGAGCAUCAGCGAGGAAACACGCAACGAGAGGAAACAGUUUAGUUCUUCCUUCAUUUUCCGGAACCACUUCUCUUCCACAUUCAAGACCUCACAGUCGUCAACAAACUGGGGUAUUAGGUACAAAUUCGAGCCCAGGAGGGCCUAGUCCAAAUUUGAGUUUAAAUCCAAGUCCAAGUCUGAGUCCUCAGCCAAGAACGAGGCCCACUCCGAAACCUAGAGGAAGUCUCGAGAAUGAUAUUCAUUCCGAUGCAAAGGAUUGGCAGAACGAAACACCAGAACAGAAACCAUCAUUAAAUGAUAUGUUCCUUGACGAUCGACUCUCUUUAACGUUGGAAGAAAUAGUGCACAUAAGAAGUGUUUUAACGAAAGCAGAACUUGAAUCCCUUCCUGUUGAAGGUCGAGUAAAAGAAGAUGUCGAGAAAAGACGCGUUUGCUUCCUUUGCUUGAAAACUAGAUUCGGAAUUUUGGGACCUUGGGGGCAACGUUGUCGUCUCUGUGAAAGAACCGUCUGUGUGAAAUGCUACACCAAGAUGAGAAUCCCCACUGAGCAUUUCUCCCAUGUACCAGUUGUUCUACUUUCCCCGGGUCUUUUAAUUUCUCCAACCUCGUCAGAACCCGAAUCCGGUAAAAAUUCGUGGUUGAGGUCUUCAGGAGCUGUUGGUUCGGCACCAGCUUCACCAGCUUCUCGAUGUCGAGAUUCCAAUUUAAGAAGCGCCACACCCUCGAGUCCAUCGGUGACUCCUAGCGCAGUUCCCACUGCCGAUUCUACCCCGACGUCGCAUGCGAAACCAGAAUACCUUCAUGGCGCUGAAAAAAGGCGCUUCAAACCGACAGGCAGUCCCGCUAAAUUAUCAACCACCGCAACAUUUGGAAGCCUCGGCGGUCUAACUCCGGAGCAACGUUUGGUCGCAGAACGUUUCCGAGGCGUUUCCAUGGUAGUUUGCCACGACUGUCGGAUUAUGGUAAUCCAAAUAAUCAAGAGUUCCCGAAAUACUCGUACCACUAUACGUAACAAUGUCAUUUCGCGAUUAACACUCAACCUUUCGCCCGCAUACGUCUAGACUAAUUGUAAGUAAGUUCAAUAUUUCUUCCGGCAAGAAUGAAAAAAAAAAAACCGAGCGCCGCUCAAUUUUUAUCCCUGCUUCAGAAAUAGGAAAACUCAACUUGAAAACUGACCGCAGGAAUCCGCUUCCAUAAUUGUAAAAUCACGAUAGAUAUCUUAGCCAGUUCUUUCCUCAGUUAGGCUCAAAACUGUCAUCAAAGGAAAUGAUAAUUUAAAAUUUUUAAGAGAACUUUAGUUUGGAUUCUGAGAAAAGUUCAAAGAUCUCUUUAAAAUUUAGAAUUUUCAUUUUCUUUAAACUACUGAUUAGUCUUUAAAAUUUUAUAUUUUAAAUACUAAUCGAAAAAAGUACAGUUUUAAUUUACGCUUCGCCUAGUUUUGUACAUAUAACUGAAUUUCUUCGUGAAUCUGUCACGCCACAAGUACUGUUAAGAGAGUAGUUAGAUAUAAAAUAUAUACGUAGAGAAGAUCUUGUAUGACUAAGCUCGCUGCAAAAUCGGAAAGAAGCUGAGACAUAGGAAGACUUUAUCAGAUAUCUUAAAUUCAUCUUCUCUGUAUCGAUACAAUUUCUGAUUUUGUUGUGAGAUUUACUCUUUAAUCAAAUCAGUAUCACGAUACAAAUGUUGUAAAAUUACAUGUUCAACGGACAUUCCGAUCAUCGACUUACAAUCAAAAUGUUGUUAUUCAACUAAGGAGUGAAAUAUCGAGUACAAGGAAAUCGAAGGUGAUCAAUCCGAAGAUUUUCCAGAAAAAAAAAUUGAUUAGUAAUUUUUUUCUGGAUUAUCUUUGAACGUUAGAAUUAGUACAAUUUAAAAUACUUUCUUCCAUUUAUUUCACGUAAUUCCGUGCGGGAUUAAAAAAUACUUCCUCAAAGAAUAUAAAUGAACGGCACGCACUACCCAUAUCAUUCCAAGCAAAUGCGAUCGAAGGCAUCAAUACUAGAAAAAAAGAGAUAGUGAUAAUUCAAUGUGAUCCAUGUUUUGUUUUAGUUUUUAAACAAUAUUUUGCAAACAUUCCAUUUUUUAUGACACCACAGCAAAAUACUUCGGAAUUUUUUUGUAGACAAUUUUUUAGCCUUAUUGAUUUUGUUAAAAAAAUAUUUAGGAUAUUAGAAUUUGUCAUUAGUAUUAUAAUUUGAUUAAUUUUCCGAAGUAUUUUGUCUCUUUGGCCUUUACGAAGAAUCUUGAACAAAGCGUUGAAUUAAUCGCUUUGGUAGAUUCGAAUAUCAACGUUUCCUUCUAGUCCCGGUUAUUGAUUGAGCAGUAAGCGAAGAAAACUUGAUUAAGCGAAAUUUUAAUUGGAUGGAAUUUCUUGUGAACCAAGGCUCAAUAAAUAAUUUUCGUCGAGUACUAAAAAUGUUAAAACCAUGCAUUACUUAUUUUUUUCUUUAAAAGCUGUAUUUAUUUUCUUUUGUUCGCUUACUGCCCAAUUACGGAUGCCGUUUAUUUAGUAUUAGAGGUCUACAAAAAAAUCGAUAAAAAAUAGAGUUAUUGAGAUAUUAUAAAGACCCGAAACUAAACUCAACAUUUUUAUUUAUAAAUUAAUUAUUUUUUUAUUGAUGAAGUUUCCACAGAAUUCCAUGUUGGGACUUUUACAAAAUGUAUACGAGUUUUCAAAAACUGUCGAAUUACAAAAAAAUCCAGUCUGGAAUUCUAUAAAUUAAUUGACAAGCUCGAUUUUAAAAGAGAUUUUUUGUCGCUUUAAUUUGGUUUUCCAUGUCAUUCCUUUGAUAAUAUUUUGAGGACCAAAUGUAGAUUUUCUUGUCUUAAAUUAUUUCCUGGUUAUCGGGUUAAGCGGCCUGACUUGUAACGUACAAAUGUCUGUUCUCUGAUUAUUCUUAAAAUUGUAUAUACGUAUCGUAAUUCUAUUUUAUGGAGAUCAUAUAGUGUAUAGUAUUGAACAACUCGAAUGGCAUUCAAUGAACAAUUGUUUAUAAAUUAAUUAGAUGACUAUUAGAGAACUAUAUAGAAAUAUAUUAUUUAUUUUUUUUGUAUGUAACUCUUUCCGGCAGAUUGUAAUCGAGUACUGUAUGUGUACAUAAUAAAAUGCAUCGAUGCUACCGUUAA